CGCCGCCGGCCGGAGUCGGUAGCUGCGGGGUUGGGGGUCGCGCCGCGCGGAGCCCGCUCGCAGGGAGGGGCGGGGCUUCCGCCUGGCGGGGGUGCGCGCGCACACGCGCCGCGGAGGGCCGACUUCCGCGUACCCGCUCUCCGGAGUGUGGGCGUCGGGACGGUCUUGUCGUUCCUCUGAGUCAGACAUCUUCCCUCUGGUCCCACGACCGAGGUGUCAGGGCGGAGGCUCUGUCAUGCCGAACUCGCGGCCCAGGCCCCGUCGGGGCGCCCGCAGCGGCGCGGGGGCCGCCGGGCGGGACGAGCUGGUGUCGCGGUCCUUGCGGAGCGCCGAGCACUGCCUGAGCGCCCAGGACUUCGGCACCGCCUACGCGCACUACCUCCUGGUGCUCAGCCUGGCACCGGAGCUGAAGGACGACGUGAAGGAAACUUUUCAGUAUACACUGUUCAGAUGGGCUGAAGAGCUUGAUGCUCUCAGUCGAACACAAGACUUACUUGGCUGUUAUGAGCAAGCUUUGGAACUGUUUCCUGAUGAUGAAGUAAUUUGCAAUAGUAUGGGGGAGCAUCUCUUCAGAAUGGGCUUUAGAGAUGAAGCAGCUGGAUAUUUUCAUAAAGCAGUGAAACUAAACCCUGAUUUCAAUGAUGCAAAGGAGAAUUUUUAUCGUGUUGCAAACUGGUUGGUGGAACGCUGGCACUUUAUCAUGCUUAAUGAUACUAAAAGGAAUACAAUUUACAAUGCAGCAAUCCAAAAUGCAGUUUGUUUGGGAUCCAAGAGCGUUUUGGACAUUGGAGCAGGAACUGGAAUACUAAGCAUGUUUGCUAAAAAAGCUGGAGCACACUCAGUAUAUGCUUGUGAGUUAUCCAAGACCAUGUAUGAACUUGCCUGUGAUGUAGUGGCAGCAAACAAGAUGGAAGCAGGAAUCAAACUCUUACACAUGAAGUCAUUUGACAUAGAAAUUCCAAAACACAUUCCUGAAAGAGUAUCCCUAGUUGUAACAGAAACUGUCGAUGCAGGUUUAUUUGGAGAAGGAAUUGUGGAGAGUUUAAUUCAUGCAUGGGAGCAUUUACUUUUGCAGCCAAAGACCAGAGGUGAAAAUGGUAAUUGUGAAAAGUAUGGGAAAGUUAUACCAGCAAGUGCUGUUAUAUUUGGAAUGGCAGUAGAAUGUGCAGAGAUAAGAAGACAUCAUAGGGUGGGUACUAAGGAUGUUGCUGGCAUCUGUUUACCAGCAAAUGUGAAAUUUCAGAGUCCAGCUUGUUCUUCUGUAGAUACUGAAGAGACAGUUGAACCAUAUACAACUGAAAAGAUGAGUCGAGUUCCUGGGGGAUAUUUGGCUUUGACAGAGUGCUUUGAAAUUAUGACAGUGGAUUUCAACAAUCUUCAGGAAUUAAAAAGUCUUGCAACGAAAAAACCUGAUAAAAUUGGUAUUCCUGUUGUUAAAGAAGGCAUACUAGAUGCUGUUGUGGUUUGGUUUGUACUCCAGCUUGAUGAUGAACACAGUUUAUCCACAAGUCCUAGUGAGGAAACAUGCUGGGAACAGGCCAUCUACCCGGUACAUGACCUUGCAGACUACUGGAUAAAACCUGGGGACCAUGUGAUGAUGGAAGUGUCUUGUCAAGAUUGUUACUUAAGAAUCCAAAAUAUCAGUGUUUUUGGUUCAGAGUGUGAAGUUGAUGCUGGAAAAAAUUUUACCAAGGAUAAAGACUUGCUCUCUUUAGGAAGUGAGGCUGAACUCUGUAGUGCCCUGGCUAACCUUCAGACCAGUAAACCAGAUGCUGUGGAGCAGACAUGUAUAUUGGAAUCCACAGAAAUUGCUUUGCUUAAUAACAACCUCUAUCAUGAAGGCUUUAAAAUGGCAAUGAGAAAAGUGUUGUCUUCAUUGGCACCAGAGAAACUGUGUCAGGCCAUGGAUACUCACUGUCAGAAUAAUGAGUUGAGCUGUGGAAGUAGAGAGAAUGUUUCUGAAGAGAACAGCCCUGAACCUUUCUAUGUGUUAGAUGUGUCUGAAGGCUUCUCUAUUCUGCCCAUAAUUGCUGGCACACUUGGGCAGGUUAAACCUUAUAGUUCUGUGGAGAAAGACCAGCAUCGUAUCACUCUGGACCUCAUAUCUGAAGCCAAUCACUUUCCUAAAGAAACACUUGAAUUUUGGUUGAGACAUGUGGAAGAUGAAUCUGCUGUGUUGCAAAGGCCAAAAUCAGACAAGUUGUGGAGUAUAAUUAUAUUGGAUGUCAUUGAGCCAUCUGGACUCAUUCAGCAGGAAAUAAUGGAAAAAGCAGCAAUAUCCAGGUGUUUGCUACAAUCUGGAGGCAAGAUCUUUCCUCAGUAUGUGCUGAUGUUUGGGUUGCUUGUGGAAUCACAGACACUGGUAGAAGAGAGUGCUGUUCAAGGAACAGAGCGCACUCUUGGAUUAAAUAUAGCACCUUUUAUUAAUCAGUUUCAGGUACCUAUACGCGUAUUUUUGGAUCUAUCCUCAUUGUCCUGUGUACCUUUAAGCAAGCCAGUGGAACUCUUAAGACUAGAUUUAAUGACUCCAUAUUUGAACACCUCUAACAGAGAAGUAAAGGUGCACAUUUGUAAAUCUGGACAAGUGACUGCCAUUCCCUUUUGGUAUCAUAUGUACCUUGAUGACGAGAUUAGGUUGGAUACUUCAAGUGAAGCCUCCCACUGGAAACAAGCUGCAGUUGUUUUAGAUAAUCCCAUCCAGGUGGAAAUGGGAGAGGAAUUAGUACUCAAUGUCCAGCACCACAAAAGCAAUGUCAGCAUCACAGUAAAGCAAUGAAAAGCAUUUUUCUAAUGAAAAACUGUCCAAGUAGAGCAGCAAGUACACAAUUCUGGUCUGAAUUAGUAGUGGACUUGUAAUCAUAAGAUAGGGGUAUAAAGAUUUAAUUCCUUGUAAUGGUCAAAUAUUUUUUUUUAAUUGAUUAAUAAAGUAUAUUUAAAAAGA